AUGGCUGCAGUUCAGGUGAACAAAGAGCCCAUUCGCCAUCCGGACUGUUGCCUAAGUCUCUCAUCAACGCUGCUUGACAAAUUAACCAUCACUUUGAUCAGAGUUGGUGCAGAAGCGGGGAGGCUUGUGCUUUCAAUCGGCAGUGGCUCCGGUCUCCUCGAAGCACUACUGCUUGAGAAAUGGUCCACAUCAGCAGGAGCAAUAUUGUCCAUCGAAGGCAUCGAGGUUCAACAGUCGGUAUCAACCUCCCUUAACAAGUUUCUCCCGGAACAGCAUCACUCUUCCGUCAAGGGCACAUGGGAUUUAUCACCACGCGCGGCUGAUGCGUCCGCUUUGAUGUUCGUGUAUCCUCGAAACCCAGAUUUGGUCAGUGGAUACUUGCAGUCAUAUGCGCUUUCAACUGAUGCCGCAUUGGAUACGGUGAUUUAUCUUGGUCCCAAAUGUGAUUGGGCUGAGUUCGAACAGUGUUUCUCAGGGCUGAACGGGUGGUCGACGAAUGUAGUUCCUGAUGAAGAGAGUGGGUUAUUGGAGUAUGAGAUGUUGGCUGUAGCGGAGAGACGAUGA